AUGCACCAUUCGCAGCACUGGUGUAGCAAAGUUCUUCUUUAUCUGCUUCUUCCUCGAAUUCACUUGCAAGUCCAAUUUUGCGCCGUACAGUUGUUGUUCCUAAGCCAAGAUCUAUUACACAACUCUCAAUCUCAGUUUUCGUAUAGUAUAGGUGUAGCUCUAACCUAUUAGAUGAUAAAUCAGUUUUUCAGCUUAUUAGGGCCUGUUAACUUUGAAUUAACUUACGUUCAAUAGACAUUGAAAUAUUGUUACCGUACUCAUGAAGUAGUUUUGAUACGUGUUGAAGAUGGAACAUUAAUGGGCUCACAUAAAAAGUCGGUUAUCGUAAUAGGCUCAAGAUUCUUUUAUUAUAACAAGUAUAAAUUUGCUGACGCAUUAUCGAAUAUUGAAUAUACUAUAAUUGGGAAAAAACAACUGAUUACACAUGGAUGUUAUACCUGAGGCCAAAAGCUUGUUAGUGUGCGGGGUAUGCUUCGAAGCACACACCGUGGAGUUUGCAGCGUUGCCAUGUGGUCACACGCUCUGCUGUAAGUGUGCCAAAACCACCACAAAAAAUUCGCCAGUUUGUCCGUUCUGCAGGAAAAAGUUCAAAAAAGAUUUCGAAAUUCGUAAGAUUAUUUUGAACGAUUAAAAUUCCAAUGAACUAGUGAUGGACUAAUGAGUUAGUGUACCAAGGAAAAAAGGUGCAUAUGAAGUUAGUUAUUUCAGAAUGAUAUAGGUAAGAAAAAAUUGUAGCUGUAACCGUUUCUUUAUUAAUUUAUUGUUUAUUCUUGUUGAUUUGAAAAAUAAAUUUCAUUCUUCUUUCUUUCUA